AUGGGACACAAGUAUAGCAUCAGAUCCAUCUGCGACUUCGUCCUUACGCGCCUCAAGGCUGCUCUCCUCACCAGGUUCGCUGACUACGAUACCUUCGCCUUCAAUCGCCGCACCUCUCUCGCGAUGAAAGAAGAAUAUGUGAUCAUCCUCGCAAAUCUGGUACAACUCACAGGUGAAAAGAUAUUCCUCCCGCUCCCGCUCUACGGCUAUGCCCAACUUCCUCCUGACAUGCUCUUCGCUGGCAUCCCGCGCGCGGACGGGACACAGGAGCAACUCUCGGCCGCGUAUCUUCUCCAGUGCCUCACGGUAAAGGAUGGCCUCCUCCGCUGUACGACCCUCUCCUGGAUGGCCAGCCUCGCACCCCACCCUGAUUGCACUUCCGGCGGCUCCAAUACCCUGUCUGCUGCAGACACGGGCACAGACGCUGAGCGAGAGUCCUGCACCGCGAUCCUUCGCGAAAUGCCCUUCAUCAUCCUAGCGUGCAACCUUUCCACGUAUCUGUGGGUGCUCGAACCACUCGUCGCCAUGUGCAGGCUUGAUGCAGGGCUCUGUAUGAAAUGUAGACAUAUGGUCGGGGAGAGUGACUUUGCAGUGCGGAGGACAGUCUGGCUGCAACUGCCUGAGAUUAUGGGUGUAGAAGUGGCUGGCUGGGAGACCUGA